AUGUCCUCAAACAUACUAUCGCGGUUUCUGCCGCCCACAGACUCGCCAUCGAUAUACGAAGCUAUGCGCCAGCACGAUGCCGCCUCUGACUCCUCCGAUAUCGAAGAGCGUGCGGGGAUGGCCCCGGGAGAGGAUCAUUUCAAUGACGGGGAGCUGGAGGAGGCACUGGCGGAUGCAAGAGACAGUGGGAUGUCUAGCCCAACGGCUGCUGCACCGAAGCAGCCACAACAGGAAUCCCAGAGCUCGCCGUUGAUGUCGCGCCGCGGCAAACACUAUAGACCGCGGUGGAUGACGCAGGCGUCCCCCCGAGGUUAUGACUUGGAGGAGCCCGAUGAAGAUGUCCCUAUGUCAUUCCGCUCCAGAACCCCCAGCCCGCGACCUUCUCCUCAGCGCCCUCUUCGGUGGGAAACACCGCGCGAUCGGCACGCAAGUGUUGACAAUCGCCAUGCGAUGUCUCGCCUGCUGACUAGGCAACACCUUUCUCUCGCAAAUGUCGAUCCCAAAACAAAAGCCAUGUGGCGAUGGGCUAACGUGGAAGACCUGGAUAACUUCCUGAAGGAUGUAUACACAUAUUUUCUCGGGAAUGGAUUUUGGUCUAUACUCCUAGUCCGUGUCCUGAAUCUUCUCACUUUUGGGUUCGUGGUUGGAUUCUCGACUUUCCUCACCAACUGCGUCGACUAUCACAAGGUAAGGGGCAGCAAGUCUUUGGACGAGAUCUUGGUCCCGAAAUGCACAUCAAACAUGUCUGGCACUUCACUGUUUCUGUUAUGGCUGUUUAGCUUCUUUUGGAUCGGCAAGCUCUUUGAAUACUUGCUGGAUAUCCGACGGCUAUCCCAUAUGCAUGAUUUUUACUAUCAUCUUUUAGGAAUAUCCGAUCCCGAGGUCCAGACAAUCUCAUGGCAAGAGGUAGUCCGCCGCUUGAUGUUACUUCGAGAUUCCAAUCCGUCCACGGCAGCAGCUGUAUCUUCUAAGCAUCGACGAUUCCUCGGCAGCCAGUCAAAGCAGCGAAUGGAUGCUCACGAUAUCGCGAACCGCCUCAUGCGCAGAGAGAAUUACAUGAUUGCCCUCAUUAACAAAGACAUCUUGGAUCUUACACUGCCAAUUCCAUUCCUGAGGAACCGACAGUUGUUCUCUCGAACAUUAGAAUGGAAUCUCAACUGGUGUAUUAUGGACUAUGUCUUCAACCAGCAGGGCCAACUUCGUACAUUCUUUCUAAAAGAUGUUAACCGACGAGCGCUAAGUGAGGGUCUCAGACGACGGUUCAUCUUCGCCGGAAUCAUGAACAUUUUUGUCGCGCCAUUUAUCGUGAUCUACUUCUUGAUGCAUUACUUCUUCCGCUACUUCAAUGAGUUCAAAAAGAACCCAUCUGAGAUUGGAUCUCGUCAGUACACACCCUUGGCCGAAUGGAAGUUUCGGGAGUUCAACGAACUAUGGCAUCUAUUCGAGCGUCGGAUCAACAUGUCUUACCCAUUCGCAAGUCGCUAUAUUGACCAAUUCCCCAAAGAUAAGACAGUCCAAGUUGCUCGUUUUGUCUCAUUUAUUUCAGGGGCAUUGGCUUCGGUCCUUGCCCUUGCCUCUGUAAUAGACCCCGAACUCUUCCUUGGAUUUGAGAUCACCCCCGAUCGUACCGUGCUCUUCUACCUAGGUGUUUUCGGUACCGUUUGGGCUGUGUCUCGAGGAAUGGCCCCCGAAGAGACUGACGUUUUCGAGCCGGAAUAUGCUCUCCGAGAACUAAUUGGCUUCACUCAUUAUUUUCCGGCAUCCUGGAAUGGACGCCUGCAUAGUGACGAGGUGCGCAAAGAAUUUGCCGUCCUCUACCAGAUGAAGGUUGUCAUCUUCCUCGAAGAGAUCCUCAGCAUGAUAUUCACCCCCUUCGUCUUGUGGUUCAGUCUCCCGAGAUGUAGUGACCGGCUGAUCGAUUUCUUUCGUGAAUUCACCGUCCAUGUAGAUGGCGUUGGCUAUCUUUGCUCCUUUGCUGUCUUUGAUUUCAAGAAAGGAUCUAACGUCAUGACACCGGGUCAAGGAGCUGGAAAGCAGGACCCACGGGAAAACUAUUUCUCUACCAAGGACGGCAAGAUGUUAGCAUCCUACUACGGGUUCUUGGACCAUUAUGGGACCAACAACCAACAGACCAGUCAUCGGCCAUUCCACCCUCCUCCAGGCUUGCCAACGCUCGGGUCCCCGUCAUUAGCAGGUCUUCCAGACCGCUUUGACCCCCAGCCAUCACGGCCAGGGACCUUUGGCCAAUCUCUUGCGGCAUCGAAGUUUCGGUCGAUGGCCGCGGGAGAGAACCGCUCCCCAGCUCCAUCUAUGCUCCUCGACCCACACCACCAACCUUCUUCGUCCGGGUUUCGCCCCGCGGGCCGGACAGCUCCCUACGCGCGUUCUCGGCUUGCGAGAUCGCAAUAUCCGAUGGACGGUCAUAAUGAAGACGAUGAGUUUCCAUCCCAAACUAAUCCCCGAGGUUCGGGGACCCGGGCUCGUGGUACGGCGACAGGUGGUUCCAGUGGCGGCAUUGGCACGGACGAGAGCAAUUUGGGCGAUUCAUGGCGUAUGAAUCCGAUUGGGAAAGAAGAUGAUGCCGAAAACGGAGCCGGGGGUGAGAACAUAGAUGAUAUUGCUGGCAAUGCCGGUGUUCUAGGUCUUAUCCAGCAGUUCCAGAAAGCGAACACUGAUGGACGGCGGCCCACGGUGGGGAUAUAG